UCUGAACUACAAGUCCCGGCAUGCUGUGCGACUAUAUGACAUCGGAGGCUGGCCGGGUCGCCUCCCUCCCGCAGAGCCAUCUCCGGGGCAUAGCACUAUCGCAGUAGUGCUGGUCACUUGCCACAGCGUUAUCACAGGCUCGGGCAGAGACCUGGCAGCAUGCAGCCCCGUCGGCCCGAGGGUUUCGAUGGCCUCGGAUACCGGGGAUCUGCCUGGGGCCGUAGUGAAGAAGUGCCGCCUCCGUAUCAGCACAGCUUCCCGGCAAGGUCAUUCAGCUCUUCCGGGGAUCUGUCACAGCACUGGGUGACCACGCCGCCUGACAUCCCGGGCAGCCGCAACCUGCAUUGGGGGGAGAAAACGCCACAGUAUGGAGGAGAUGGCAGCCAGGCACCGCCCGGCCUGGGGGAGGAGAACAGCGGCAGCAGCAGCGGGGAACAACUGAAUCGGUUUGCCGGAUUCGGUAUUGGACUUGCAAGCCUCUUUACAGAAAAUGUUUUGGCUCACCCAUGUAUUGUCCUGCGUCGUCAGUGUCAGGUUAACUACCAUGCGAACAAUUACCAUUUGUCACCAUUUAGCAUUGUGAACAUUAUGUAUAGUUUCACUAAGACACAGGGUCCGAGAGCACUGUGGAAAGGAAUGGGCAGCACUUUCAUUGUUCAGGGUAUAACCCUUGGAGCAGAAGGAAUCAUCAGUGAAUUAACACCUCUGCCUAGAGAAAUAACCCAUAAAUGGAGCCCAAGGCAAAUAGGAGGACAUAUUCUCCUUAAAGGGUUGGUCUACGCGAUUGCUACUCCCUUCUAUUCAGCAAGUCUAAUUGAAACUGUACAGAGUGAGAUCAUCCAUGACAACCCUGGUAUUUUGGAUUGUUUGAAGGAAGGCUUUGGCAGACUUAUGGGACUAGGAGUACCACACAGCAAACGUCUGUUGCCUCUCCUUGUCCUGACAUUCCCUACUGUCGUCCAUGGUGUGUUGCACUAUAUCAUCAGUUCUCUUGUCCAGAAAUGUGUUUUAUUCUUCAUAAAGAAAAAGAAUACUGUCCGAAUUCCAACAGAAGGAACAAAUGCAGCCCAGAACAUUUUGGAAGAUUAUUUCCCAGAACUAUUAGCCAAUUUUGCAGCCAGUCUCUGUGCUGACAUCUUGCUGUAUCCUCUUGAGACCGCUAUGCAUCGCCUUCACAUUCAAGGCACACGCACAAUAAUAGAUAAUACAGACCUUGGUUAUGAAGUAUUACCUAUUAACACUCAAUAUGAGGGAUUGAGAGACUGCGUUAAUACAAUCAGGCGUGAAGAAGGGAUGCUGGGCUUCUACAAAGGUUUCGGAGCUGUGGUGGUUCAGUACACUCUUCAUGCUACUGUUUUGCAAAUUACUAAAAUCAUUUAUUCCUCUCUGUUGCAAAAUUCUAGCCAGUGAUUGUAUCUCAUACCGUUUUGGUACAACAUGUUUCAAAGUAAGCUAAGGCUUAUGGUUUAUGUUAUUGGGGGUAUAGUUCAAGGCCAUUGUUUCAGGGCUGUUUCUGAUCAGAACUACAUGUAUCGACGGAGGCUUGCAGGUUGAAUUCACCGUUCUCCUAACUCUUGAUGUUGUGUGCGGUGCUAUUGAUUUUGGCUGCAGUGUAAGAGCUGGUGGUAACAUUCUCAAAUCUAUAUUUAAAUGUUUCAUAACUACUGGUCUUUGUUGAUUAAGAAAUAUAUUUGUUACCCAUACUUGGUAUUCAAAAAAAAAGAAGAUUGUUUCUGUUCAAUGAAGAUGGUACUGGGUUUGUUGCAUAAGACCUUUCUGCCGCACCUGCUUAAGUAAAAUUAUAAAUAGAGAUAAAUAACAAAAUGAAUAGUUAUGAGAGUACAUAUAUCAUAGUAUAUAUAUAUAUAUAUAUAUAUAUAUAUAUAUAUAUAUAUAUCAUAGUACUGAAAGGUCAGCAUAUACGUUUGUGAAUGUUCCCAAUGAUACCGGAUCUACUUGUAUUCUAGAUCUAGUAAGUACGCAGCUUCUGGGAAAACUGUAUAGUUAGUCCUGUCGAAACGGUCAGUCACAUCCCCUGCACAUGAGUGUUUUUGUCAUUGUAAAGAAAUGUAAUAUUGUCUAAGCUUGCAAGCAAACAUUGUAUUGAGAUGCCCCAUUAUUGAAACUGUGGAUGGUGGAUUAGAAGUGCUUGUGUAAAUAUUAAACCCGACAUUCUUUUAAAAGAAAGGUUUGCACAUUUGGCUAGUUUAUUAAAACUAUUUUGUAUGGA